AUGCACGAGCUGCGUGAAGAAAGGAUGUGCUGCCAUCUGCCCAGACGAGGGAACCAAGGCUCUCUCACCACGGGCAAAGGCAACAGAUUCGUGCUCGCAAACACUGAAGCGCUCCAUGAAAAGAUUGACCUGCUCUCGAAUCGCGUCAGACAGCUGGAGGACGCGCUGGGGGAGGUCUAUAGCCAACAGUCAUCCCAUCCCCACCCGCUCCUUAGCGAGGAGCUCCUGAAUAUUAAGAGACCUUUGGAAAGAGAAGAACAAGACGCAGCACCGACGCGAGAACGGCCAGAGGACGCGGCGGAAGUGAUAGACGCCUUUGGCUCACUUACCUUCUCCAGGCACGUGAAGCUGUUGCUUGCCUCUCUGCAUAGUCUUACCUGCCUCCAGAACGAGGAGGAGACAGAAGAGGAUGAAGAACCGGGCACGCCGAGUGCCCCCUUGCCUGCAGAUGUGCACUGGCUCAGCACCGUCUUCCCAUUCGCUAUGCACCUCGGCCAAUCGCCGGCCGAGGUUCGGGAUUCUAUACUAGCUAUGUUGCCCAGAGCUGGGAGAGCUCAACAGCUCGUCGAUCUAUACUACAAGCAUGCUGCCUGGAUGUACACGCCCAUAUACGAGACCGACUUUCUCGACAACGUCUACUCAAAGUUCUACACCGGAGAGUCAAUACCAGAGUUUUCUCCCAUCGAGACUCACCGGCUAGCAGUUCUGUGUAUGGUGCUUGCCAUGGGUGCCCUAUUAGACCUCGAUAGACCUCCUCUAAACCUGGAAGCUAGCCAAUAUUACGGCUUGGGUCGAGCGGCCUUAUCUAUAGGUAGCGUCCUGGAAGAGCCGUCCAUACCUGCUAUCCAAGCUCUGGUCAUCAUGUCGCAUUAUAUGUUCUGGGCAAACAUCGAUAGCCCGCGGUGGGCCAUUAUGGGGCUGGUCAUGAAGCUCGUACAGACUGUCGGACUCCAUCGCGACAGCGGCAAGUGGCAGCUGAGUUCGGAGGAGACAAUGCAACGGCGGUCCCUCUUGUGGGAGGUGUACACGUACGACUCGUGGCAGAGUCUGACAUUCGGUCGACCGCCUUCCUUUUCAAUGUCACAUAUCGACUGUCAGAUGGCCUUUGAGACGACGCAGAAUGAGCGUGGUGAAGUAGAGAUGAGCUUCGCUGCAUGGAAGCACCGUUUCACUUCCCAGUGCCUCAGUGUUGUUCACGAACAAGUCUUCGGCGCUCGGGGUGUCAGCUAUCCGACGCUUCAGAAGCUUGAUCAAGCGGUUCGAAAAUUCUACGUCCCACCCUCUUUGGUUGUCCCUGGGUUUGGCAACACUGGCGACAACGCAGACAGAGAUGCCCCGUCGCUCCAAUUGACAAUGCAGCGGCAUAUUGCCUUAGCGAUCAAGGAGAUCUCGAUAUUCUACAUGCACAGGGGGUUCUUCGCGCGAGCUCUGGAGGAUGAGUCCGGUGAUCCCCUAAGCAGCAAGUAUUCACCAUCUGUCCUAGCGGCGUACAAUAGCGCAUGUUCGUUUGUCGGCCUGGUGAAGAACCUGUAUUCUCAGCAGCCGGAGCUUACACAGCGCAUGUGGUUCCUGUUUACGCAUGUCUUCUCGUGUGCUAUCGCUUUAGGGGCUAUACCGAGCAAGUGCCCAGGUAUGGCUCUGUCGCCAUCAGCCUUGGUGCAUCUGAAAUCCGCUCGACAUGUAUUCGAGCAGAUAUCAUCGAACCCUCGGGCGGCAAAAGUACUCCCUGUGCUGCGUAAACUCGACAUCCGCGCCUCGACUGCAAUGACCGAGCAUCGUUCCAGAAAGUCACCUGAUAGUCCCACACGGCGCACCUCGUACGGAGACCCGGUAGUGAAAUCGGAGGAAGACGAAUGGGCGACGCUGGGAGGCAAGACACGUCUCGUGUCUCGGAAGUCACCUGGAUCAGGAGGUUCUUCAGGAUCCAGGAGUCCAGAGACCGCGUUCGCACCUUACAGUCCAGCGUCAACAGCCGCCUCUCCUUCCGCCUUCCACGCCACGCCGCCCCCGCCUCCUGCUCCUACCCGGGAGCCUCAGUAUGCCUGGGACGUGUACCCCGCGCAGGAGCAGAUGGCGUAUGACCCUAACCCAACUAUCCCUCAAAAUGCCUGGGCGCCUGAGACCGGCUUCUUCGUGCCCGACCAGAGCUGGCCAAUGGCCGGUACCAUGGACGCCGGUAUGUCUACGCUGCAGACGUAUCCAGGGCAGUACGUAGAUUACGCCAGCCCAGCGUACCCGAAGGAGUACUACGCAACGCAGGGUAUGUCACAGGGCGUGCAGGAAGCUGCCCCAUACGAGACGGACGUGUCCGAUUCUUGGGGGCAUUUCGCCGCGCAGUUCAAUCAGGUGUGA